ACGUGCGUCUUUUGUUUGAAAAGCCAAAAAAUGGCCGCUCUGUGGAAGACAUGCCAGCAAUGUCUCCGUUAUGGAUUUUCAAACGUCUCUAUUUAUACGUCAAUAACAGCAGUAAAUGUAAUUUCCAAGAGAAAUUUUAAGGCCCGUUGGGUUGCGCCGACAUUGAGGGAGUUGAAACAAAGAAAAGUAGUAGAGGAGGACCGGAAUGGAGGUCCAAAAAUUUUUCAUCGAAGUACUUUCCUUGAAUGGAACUAUGAUGCAGAAAUCUUUGCCUUCAGCAACAGACUGGGAGAGAAAUUUAAUGAUUCAUCUUUACGAGCAGCAUUAACACAUAAAUCCUACAUUGAAAGGGAAACUGCCAGGCUGUCAGAGAUUGGUGUGGAAUCAAACUUACAGUUCCAAGAUAAUGAAGCCCUUUCCCAGAAAGGGGGUGAAAUGUUGAGCAAGUUUAUCAAUGGUUAUCUGAGAGCAGUAUUCACACAAGUACCUGAAGAGCUUAUAACAGCAAUGCAUGACUUCCUGACUUCCAACCCAACUUUAGAAACUGUUGCGAAACAUAUAGGGCUCGGUGAUCUGAUGCUGUGUGCUGAUUUCCCUUGUGAAACAGAAACCUAUGUCAAAUCCUUUAAGGCAAUUGUUGCGGCUUUGGCUGAAAGUUCGGGUGAAGAACGUGCCCGAAUUUUUGUUCAAGAUCUGGUUGUUACGCAGUUGUAUGGUCAAGAUGUAAAUGAAUUGUGGAAUCCUGUUGAUCCUAUAGGAAAUUUGACGGCAAUCCUCAAGCGGGAAGGAAAAGCUGAGCCAGAAUUUCGGCUUAUAAAACAGGCUGGAUCAAAUUCAAUUCUUGCUGUUUUCUACGUGGGAGUAUAUUCCGAUAAAAAUUUUAUUGCAGAAGGUGCAGGAGAAAGUUUAGAAGUCGCCAAAGAAAUGGCAGCACGUGAAGCAUUAAAAAAAUUCUUUCACACAGAGGAUUCAAUGAGGGCGUUGCCAUUUGGACGGCAGUUGAAGAACAUUCAGUCCAAAAUAGCACAGUUAGAAAACCAACCAAAUGUACCACUUAGUGAAUGGAUCUCAGGAAAAGUCGUGUCCGCUGUUCACUGAUAUCGAAAUUCAUGUGAAUUAUACUGAAUAACUGGA